AUGAAUGUCUCGCCGCGAGGAAGAAACAGGGCCGCAUGUCGACGAUGUCAAAGGCGCAAGAUUCGCUGCAACGGCGAUACUCCCACUUGCGGUGCUUGUCGCAAGGCCAACGUACCAUGUGUCAAUGAAGGCAAACAAGAAGUGAAUCGUACAUAUAUUGCCAACUUGCAACGGCGGGUCCAGUGGCUAGAGUCGCUCGUCAGAGAGCAAAGGGCUGAUGUCUGUCUCGAGGAUGGGCCACCUUUGACUGUUAAUGAAAUCCAACCCAAUGAGAAUCACGGAGCAUCUGCCGGUGACCAACAUACAGGAGUCGCGAUUGCUCGUCCGCAGGCGCAACUGGUGCCCACGAGGAAUGAUUCGGACUCACAGCCUCAGUCGAGGCAAGCUCACGAGAUCGGCCUCGUUUCGUUAUCGUCAGGCACGGUGCCACGAUACAUUGGCCCUUCUAGCGGCUAUUUUCUCGCCAGUCUUGUCUUUUCCAAUGCUGGCCGUCGAUCACAGCCACCCGGCAAUCCCAACGGCACAAACUUGGUCUCGUUGUCAUCGGACUUAUUCAACAGUCAUGCUUCGCUUCCCUCUCGGAAAAAAGACGCGAUUGAGAUUUCAUCUAAUUACUUCUCGACCGUCCAUUUACUCUAUCCUUUCCUCCAUGAGCCCUCACACAUGCAGCGUCUGGACAGGGUAUACGCGACAGAAUCGUCCCCGGAUCUUGUACCCUCGGAUGCCUUCCAGGUGUACAUGGUGCUCGCAAUAGCCGCAUCCGACCUUUCUCGCCGCCUCAAGCUUUAUUUACCUGCCGAAGGCUAUUAUACAAGCGCAGCUUCUUAUUUUGAGCGAGCGUGUGCUGACGGGUCCAUGGAGAGUCUUCAGAGUCAACUUCUUCUCAUGGUGUACGCUCUACACAAUCCGUCGUGCGAUGUCAAUGUCUGGGGGUUGAAUUAUCAAUGUCUAGCCUCUUUGAUUGACCUGGGGCUUCAACGCGAUGUGCGCGCCUCUUCAAACUUUCAGAUUUCAUUACUAGAGCAAGAGAUGAGAACCCGAAUCUUCUGGGUUGUAUACACCUUUGACCGCGCGCUGGGAACAAUGAUGGGACGACCUAUCGGUGUGAGGGACGAGGCCUGUGAGCUUCGUCUCCCCUCUGAUAUAUCUGACGCCCAGCUUGCGCUUGCCAGUGACCUGGUUGAUGAAAGACCUGCCGACCAUCCCCCAUCCCACAUGACUUUCUCGAUUCACCUUUUCAAGCUAUCGCGGCUGAAUUCAGAGAUCAAAUAUGUUAUGCACAGUAUCUGCCGUGAUCCACCUAGCUAUGCGUAUCCUCCGAUUCUCAACAUUCAUCAAUGGCAGAAGGACAUGGCCCAACGCUUAGAAGUGUGGCGCACGCAAGUACCUCGUUCUGCUGAGCAUCCCGUGAUCUUCCAGCUAUGUGAAUGCAAAUAUCACGAAAUGAUGAUUCUCUUGCUCAGACCCAGCCCUGGGAUUCCCGACCCUCCGGAGGACUCAUUGAAGGAGUGUUUCCAGCAUGCGACACACCUCAUCCGUGGAUUUGGAGACCUCUACAAGCAAGAUACACUCCUUUACAGUAGAUUUGUUGUGCACUCGAUCUUCCUGAGCACACUUUUGAUGCUUCAUUGUCUCUGGAAAAUACCACGACUUGCAUCGCAGGUGCAGGUUCCCGACGUGGUCGCCGACACGGGAAUCGCAACAAGUCUACUCAGCGGUAUCGGUGAACACUGGGCCGAGGCUACCAGGGCAAGGGAUUGUAUUCAGGAGCUUUCGAGCGCCACGAUCCAGCGCCUUCUUCGAUUCCGAGCGCCCGAUCUGUCAUCCCGCAUGGUGCAAUCCUCGCCUACUGCAGGGACCACUGCCGCGCCGAGUGAUACAUGUACAUUGAGUGCAUCAUCGACAGCUCGGGCGGACGGUCCUUUCAGUGGAGCACCGACUGAUCUUCCUCUGCAUGCAACCUUUCAAGGAGCAGAGGACUUGAGUGUCAAUCACGCGGGCUGGGUGGAUGAUUCAUGGUCGGGACUGGUCAUGGAUUUUGCGGGGGCUUCUGACUUUGACAGUUUUGUUCGACAGUACUUGGAUCCCGCUUCAGGCUUGUUUGGGUGA